UCUGAUUGGCCAGCGCUGCCGGAGCGUUCAAUUCAAAUGCGGGCGGGUGGGCCCGCAGCCUUGCAGUUACUGUCGAGUCCUCCGAGUUCCCGUCGCCGCCAGCGCUGCCCGGAUGGCCUCCCAAAACCGCGACCCAGCCGCCGCCAGCGUCGCCGCAGCUCGUAAAGGAGCCGAGCCCAGCGGGGGCGCCGCCCGGGGCCCGGUGGGCAAGAGGUUACAGCAGGAGCUGAUGACCCUCAUGACGUCUGGCGACAAAGGGAUUUCUGCCUUCCCUGAAUCAGACAAUCUCUUCAAAUGGGUGGGGACCAUCCAUGGAGCAGCUGGCACAGUAUAUGAAGACUUGAGGUAUAAACUCUCCCUAGAGUUCCCCAGUGGCUACCCGUACAAUGCACCCACGGUGAAAUUCCUCACGCCCUGCUACCACCCCAACGUAGACACCCAGGGUAACAUCUGCCUGGACAUCCUAAAGGACAAGUGGUCUGCCCUGUAUGACGUCAGGACCAUCCUGCUCUCCAUCCAGAGCCUGCUAGGAGAACCCAACAUCGACAGCCCGUUGAACACACAUGCUGCAGAGCUCUGGAAAAACCCCACAGCCUUCAAGAAGUACCUACAGGAAAACUACGCAAAGCAGGUCUCCAGCCAAGAGCCCUGACCUGGGCUGUCCAGCCUGUCUCCUUGUGCUGUCUUUUUACUUUUUCCUUGGAUGGUCUGUCCUUGCCUUGAUUUCUGUUUAGGACUCUAUCUUCAGCUGUGGUGUCAUAUUUGUUUUGUGUCUGUUUUUUUAAAUUAAGUCUCUGGUUGAGCCCCUGUGAUGAAUAUAUUAAAUAAAUACAUUUUGAAUUUUGUGAGUGCUUUCUCUUUUUUUACAAGUUUCUGCCUUGUAAUUACCCUAGAGUUGGGGCAGAGUCAGGCUCCUAGGAUCUGGGCUCAUGGCCCUGCUCCUCUCUCCAGGGAGAAGCGUUUGUCCUUCAGGAUGUCCAGGGUGUAGGGCCAAGCAGUGGAGUGACUAGGAUUUGUUCCUUUGUGACCUUAGUUUAUGUCUCUACAUAUAUUUCCUCGUCUAUAAAAUGGGUGUCACAAAAUGCUUAUUUCUUUGGAGUUGUGACAUGCACUAGGAAUGUUAGUGACUAUUGGGGCUGCCCUAGAUGUGUUGCAGAUGAGGCUGAACCAGUCUGGGGGUGGGGUGCAGAGGACCAGCCACCUACCUUAUGACAGUAGAUGCUCUGCCCCUGAAAAAGAAGGCUCAAGUCACCCCACAGCAAGCCCAGGAUCUGGAGAGGCAGCCACAGAAAGCCCCUUCCCUGUCAGAGCACUCAGGACAGCUCCUGACUCACAGAUGGCUCCCAUGCUCCAAGGGGGCUCAUUCCCCUCCAGCUACUCUAUC